AUGGAACGUGACCAUCUCGUUGCUUCACUAUACUCUCGUUUGGUGCAAAUGGUAAUCCGACGAACGAACGCUUUGUUUGAGCUUGGCUCUUCAAACGAUUCCGAGGACGGGAGCGUGAAUGAUGAUUCGGGAAUCGGAAGUGUAAUCGAGAUCGGUUCGAGUAAAAUCGACAUCAUCGACAUUGCUGGUUUGACUGGAGUGAAUCAACGAGGCACCCGAUCACUGCACGAACUCUGUGCGAAUAUGGCCGCUGAAAAAACAAGACAUUUCUUCAUGCGAUUCGGCUUCUUCAACAUCGUCGAUCAAGCUUGUGACAACUCGAGGGGAUCAAUGCAAAAUGUUCUCGAAAUGGUUCAUCAGAGGAAACACGAGUUCACAUUCGUUCACGUUUCUCCAGAAGAAAUCCUUGUUCGACAUUAUGAAGGACGAGUUCCAAUCUCGUACAAUAUCACGAAAAUUGUGGAAAAUAAUCGGAAUACUAUCAGAAAAGAAAUGGUCUCUCUAUUUGACUCAAAAUCGUGCUCCUUUAAAUUCGCCGUCACACUCUUUACGUCCGAUCUGAACGCGAUGGCGCAAAGUGAUCAGUACUCG